UUCCCUAGAUACACGCUCCUUUUCUCGAGCUUUCUAAGGACGGAUUAAAUUGUCCCUCGAGUUCAGGAUGCGUGUACGAACGAAGCGAUUUCGCGAUAUCGAUAGUACAGCGACAGAUCAUGCGGAAAUGUAAGGUAAUUACAUCAGUUGUCGCAAUUAUCAUAGCGCUACAGUUUCCUGCUUAUUGAUUACGCGAUUUUUUCUCGCAAUUUAAUGAUAAAUUCAAACGGUGAUCUGUUUCAAAAACACCGGUGAAUACAUAAUCAGUAUUACCGCGUCUAGUCCAAUAGAAUUCGUACAGUAGGCACCUCGUAAUUGUUAUCUGUUGUGAAGUUGCCCGCAAGCUGCUCGAUCUUUUCGAACGUUCGAUCGAAAUCGAAACAAUCGACUAUUCGGUCGGAUAUUUCGACCAACUUUCAACCGAAUAAAUUCUAAGGUAGAGCAAUAAAAAGGCGUGAUUGUUCCAUCGAAAUGUAUAAAAGUAGGUUAUUCGUAGGGUAGCGUACAGUUUUCCUCGAAUUACGUUCGAUCGAUUUCAAUCGUUUCACUUGAAAUUAUUAAACAGUUACACGGAAAGCGAUCAAUUGGAUCGAAAAAGUAUCUCCGUGACAAAGCUCGUUGAACAGUUAUUUUUUUUUACAUAAAUGCGCAUUCGCUUUAAUUGUUUUUAAAAUCUUUCGUAUCGAUUACAAAGACAAUUACUUUAUUAUCGCGAUGUCCCAUUUGUUUACGGUCGCAUUGAUUGCGUGCUGAUCCAUUGAUCGCUUUGCGAAUAAUGGACGCGUUGAUCGAAAGUUAUAAUGCGAGUAACCAUUAAAAGAGACCGAAGAAUAAUGUUUAACACUAGAUUGCUGGAUCGAGUUUUAACUCAUUUACGAUUUUUUUAAAAACAUAUGUUGGUUUUUAAUUAAAUUAUGAAAUGUUUCCCUCCCCACUCCUUAGUUCCAAACAUCCAUAUGUGCUAUACCUAUUUUGACGGAUCUAUUUGUCCGACAAUCUAGUGUUAAAAACGGUCCUUGUUAUGAUUCUUCGAGCAAGAGUUCCGAGUUCAACCUUGCAAUCACGAUCCGCCGCUAUCCUAUCCGGUAUACGAUAUCCGUUGCACAUAUGCAGCAAAUUUCGCACUUCUUUCCUUGUAUUUCAAUCGCGGUACCUUGUCUAUUUCCGUCCGCGAGAAACCAACUUCCUAUUAUCGUAUCGGGUUUCUAUCACUUUCUGCUUUGCAUCAUAGUAGUACGGAAACGCUUCGAUUUUAAAUACGCAUUCGUGAUUGAAGUAUGGUACGUGACGCGCGCUUGAUCGACGCCACAUGGCGCGGCGCAUCGAAUCGAGUCUUUGGAAUCGUUGAGCGGUCGAACGAACAUCCGAGAAUAACGUGUAUCGGAGGAACGAUGCAAAAUUGUUACGACGACGACGAUAAUAACGUCGUCUAUAAGGAUGUGGUCAUUAUAGGAAACGGGCCGAGUGGAAUAUGCCUUUCUUACAUGCUCGCUGGAAACUGGCCGUAUUAUACGGGCGAGCCGCACCCCGGGGACGAGAUGUUGACCGCGAGGUUACACUUCAGCACCCGAACCGGCAACGAGGAAUGUUACAACGAUAACGAUAACAAUGAUCUAGAGGAGGAACGAGAUGAAAUUCGCGAUCGUUGGGGACAAGAGAACGCCGGUAGAUCGGCAAAGGGUCAGCAGGGAAGAGGAUUGGCCCGCAGUACCCGUUGCAAACUGGAAUGCUUGUCCUCCGGUCUCGAGGGUAGAGCCGGUGGUCGACCUUUGGCCCUUCUGAUGGAUCAACUUCAGCAUCCCUGCGUGGACGCGGGUCUCGACGUGCCCUCUCUUCUCACUUGGAAAUCGGUCGAACAACAUCCCGAGCACAAAAUGAUUGACCACGUGGUACUGGGCAAAGACGAACCUGGUGGUUCGUGGCAGUCGAUGGAUCCAAACGUGUUGACCAUCAGCUUGAACCGAUGGAUGUCGUUGCCCGAUUUAGACGUAAGGCAAUGGGAGAUGUUGAUCGAGUCAGAGCAGUUUCGGCAAGCCAACUCCACCGUUCAAGAGAGGUCGAACGCGUGUAAAACUGCUAGCAGAAUUUCCGUUGGCACCGUGGCUACCUACUAUAAAGAUUAUGUGCGUAGAAAAGGGUUGGAGCGAUACUUUCGCUGCGGGACCGUCGUUACCUCGGUGAGACCAGCUUCCAACGAAGACGCAAACUGCUCUUACGGAUGGAUAGUGAAGGGUUUCGACAAGAAGACUGGAAAAUCGUUCCAUUAUCGAUGCAAAAGAGCCGUUCUUGCCACUGGUACGACUGAUUUAUCGAAUCACCUAGGAAUACCCGGUGAAAAUUCACGACCGGACUGGGUAACGCACGAUCUCAACCACUUGGAAUCGAGGCUGGAUCGUUUGGUCGAACAGCAUCACGGAGAAAAACUAGAAGAUAGAGUGGAUCCGGUGUUGAUAAUCGGUUCUGGAUUAACCGCGGCGGACGCGAUCAUGGCCGCGCGUUUUCGCGGCAUACCUGUAUUGCACGCGUUCCGAGACGCGUCCAACGAAUGGAAUAAAUCGGAUUCUAAGAAAAUACACACCGCCUAUGGCAGAUUACAGGGACUUCCUAGUUCCAUGUAUCCGGAAUAUCAUAAAGUAUAUGAAAUGAUGGCCGACGGAGGUAGCAAUUAUCCUCUGUACAAAGCGCUACCGGGAUACACGUUGGUCGAUUUUGCCUCACACGGAAACGAUGUUAUCGAUGUAUCCGAAUCCGACAAUCGAACGGUUACUCUUACCGCUCCGGAUCAACGAUCGUACGCGUUUCGCGUCUCGAUUGUGGCUAUACUAAUCGGAUACAAGCCUGACCUGUCUUACCUGGAAAACAACGGUAUCGGACUUGGAAGGUUUCCUGACAAACCUAUAGACAGUAAAACGAAUCCGAUCGAAGUCGACAACUUUACGUACGAAGUGAUCAAGGCACCUAAAACCGGUCUUUAUGCUCUAGGUCCUUUGGUUGGUGACAACUUUGUACGUUACAUACUCGGUGGAGCGUUUGGGAUUUUAACUCACAUCUUAAACACGUCUACCAUCUGAUAAUCAGAUCAGUUUUCCAACUUUGCCUUCUGACUCCCUUCUUUGUUACUUUCUGUUGUAUAAUAAUAGUCGUCGAUGGUUAAUCGUAUCGCGUUGUUAACAAUAACAGUUCGCGUUUGUUGUAAGUACUUAUUUAAAUAAGUAAAUACUGGGAGUUACAUUUCGUUUUUUACACUCUUCGAAUCUGAUUCGUUACUUGUUUUUUUCUUUUUUCUCUUUUCAUUCGCAGAAACAACGAAAGCGCUUUUAUAUAUAAAUUUUUCUAUUAGAUAUCGCUUGUUUCUCCAAAUUUCAAUGAAGUUUCAACUGCUCGAUUUUAUCGAGUUUAUGGAAACACGUACAAACAUUUUUUACAAGCAUGUAAAAAACCUGUAUAAAUGACCUCGUAAGUAUAACGAUACUUGUUUCGGUGUUAUUGAUCCAACAAAAUAGAUUAAACAACACACGGGCGGUAUGAUACAAUAAAAUUCGUAGGGUUUUGAUACCAGCAUUUAUUGCAUUCCAUUUAUUAGAAUAAACAUUGUUACAGUACCCUGUUGCAUUUUAUAUUUUAUCUCGAACAUUCAAUUCUUCUUUACGAAGAAGUUUUUCUUUUUUGUAAAUUUUACGAGUUCGAUAAACGUGUGUUUAACGCUUUUAAAUAUUCACUGGUCUUGAAUUUUUCUUUUCUACAGCCCUUUUAUUAACAAACAAUUUGUACAAUUUGUAAUGUAGGAUUUUUAUGACACUCGAUAAAUAUUAACAAAAUGUAUGUAUUUAUGUAUACAUACAAGUAGACAGACGAGGAAGUUAUUUAAAGUAAUCCCGGUACCGUUUUUUUAAGAUCAAUCUACAUAUAUACACGUUAGGCAAUUGUGAUUGAAUUAUAUAGGUAUAGAAUAGAUAUAUCGCUCAAUCUGUGAUAAAAGGUGCAAUGUUCGAGGAAAAGUUAUCUUGUACUUUUAAGCAUAGAAUAUGAAAUUAUAACACAGUAAACUAAAAUAUUAUUUAUCUUGAUAUUUGUCAAGAAAUUUUUAACACAUUUCUCUGAAAUAUUUAUGUUAAUGCUGUGUAAAAUUAUAACGUUUAUAACAUGCAUUUGAUAAAACCAUGUCCGGUUAUUAAAGAAAAAGUAUUGGUAAAAAGA